UAGAUCCAUGACCAUUAGAGAUGUAUGUUAUUAGUGCAUCACGUCCUGCUCUGAAUUACGUGAUGUAAUAAAAUUGCAUCACGUGCCGGUGUCAUUUCAUUGCAGAAUACUCAUUAGUCAGAUAAAUUAUAGUUUAUGUUGUUCUUAUGGGCACUGAAGCAGCACUAGUGUGUAUGCAUCACCGGCUCGGCUCGUGCAUGUCCCUCGUACCCACAGACGGGAGCGUGUGCCCGGGUAAACAUCAACCCAAUGCCACAAUAACAUUGCAAUCCUGUUGUUUACCGCCGCGUACAUGACCACUCAGCAGGCUGACAGCGGUCUGCAAAUCUGCUCUGCGCAUGUGCGCUGAGCGCCACGCCGAUUGGCUGAAAAUGACAUCACCUCGACAAUAUCUAUUGUUAGAAAGAGGAUGAGCUCAUCGUUUAGGAGCUAGUUCUGACAGACCGGAGUGAGAGCAGCACCGGAGAAGCACCGCAGAGCGCAGCACCGGAGAGGAGAACCGGAGAGCAGCAUAGAGCACCGGACAACAGCACCGAGCACUGGAGAGCAACAGCACCGGAGAGCCGGACAGAACUCUGCGCUCGGAUACCCGCAGUUUUACGCACGGACACAGUGAGUCUCUGCAGAGCCCUGUGCAUGUGCGUAAACAGUCUGGUGGUUGUUGGUGACUUUAUGCACGGAUCUUUGCUGCAGAUGGUGUUGUUUGGGGGCACGGAGUUGGAGCGGCCGCCGCUGUCCGCGAUCCUGCCUCGGCUGUAUCUGGGCGCAGAGAGCGACGUGACGCAGGAGCGUCUGGCGUCUCUGGACAUCUCGUACGUGUUGACCGUGUCUCGGGUCAGUCCUCGUCCGUCCUUCUUGCCCUUCUCGAGGUUCCUGCGUGUGCCCAUCGAUGACUCCCUGAGCGACGACCUGCUGCCCUGGAUCCCCCAGGCCCUCAGCUUCAUCGACAUGGCCCUGUCGUCAGGCGCAUCCGUCCUCGUGCACUGCGCGGCGGGCAUCUCUCGCUCGCCCGCCCUCACCGUGGCGUACAUCAUGCACCGGAUGGGCCUGGACCUGGACCACGCCUACAGGUUUGUGAAGGAGCGCAGACCCUCCAUCUCACCCAACCUGAACUUCCUGGGUCAGCUGCAGCACUUCCAGAACACCCUGAAGCUGGGGACCCCACUGUGCCCGGCCCCCGAAGAGGCCACGGACCCGGCGCCUUCAGCACCCACCGCCGGCACCCAAGCCCCCCCCGAACACCACAGGGACCAGCCACCCACAACAGCAGAAGCAGUACCCACGGGACCCCCCUCCACCCACAGACUGCCCAAAUCCCUCAGCCUCAACCUGCGCGGACACAACCAGGACUUAUGCCGGAAAAGUCUACGGGAAAAACGCCAAAGCCUGACUCUGUCCCUCACCCCCGUAACCCAGGGGCCCCCCGGUGUCGGCACGGGCCCCCCCUCCCCUGCAGAGAGGGGGCCCCAGCGCACGCAGCAGGUCCAGAGGUGUCCCAGGGGCGAGCCCAAGGAGGCGCUGCUGUCCCCCCUAAGCCUGACCCUGAACCGGCUGCUCUCUUGGGGGGAGAGGGUCCUGCUGGCGGCCCCUGUGCGCAUGGGCCAGCCCGCUCUGCCCUACAGCUGCUAGAACAUUCUACCACAACUGAGACUUCUAUUUAUUUAUUUAUUUAUUGUGUUCCUGUGAUGUAAGGCUGCACCAAACAUCACAAUCGAGUCAGAACUUGAACUUUCUGCAACGUUUAAAAAUCCCAAAGGCUCCGGUGACGUCGACAUGAGAAGGGAGGGGGGCAUUCACAAGAUACAAUAUUUAGUCUGGAAUUGUUAAUAAUCCAGAAUACACACUUCUUCAAAUGAUACUUUGCAUCUGAUGUCAUCAAUAUUACCUGGGGGUGUGAUGCUAACUGUAGGCACUGCUCUGUCUGAAGCUGUUACUCAAGUUACGUUAUAAUAGAUUUAUUGUGACUAUAUUGUGACAGAAAGAGCUGGUUUAUCUGGAACCACAGCAGCUACAAGUCCCUCACACAUACAAGCUCCAGAAAAUGUGCUCUUUAAAUCCAUUUUGAAUUUUGUCUUGAGUUUUCAUAUGAUCUUAAAACUUUUUUAACCCUCUGCAGGCAGGCGUUGCAGAUUUGCAACAGCUAAAUGCUAAUUACCUACUUACUCCAAAUCCAUAUUUUAUGAGCUUUUUUUUUACUCAGGAGCCUUUUCUCCCAUCCAUGCUGAUAAAUGUGGAUCAUGCAGACUGUGCAAGAAUGACUACACGCAAACGGCCAGAAGUGCAAAGUACUUUUGUUGUUUACAAAGGAUAAAAAUUGUUUCUUGGAGAACCACACGAAAAAGUGAUGUUGUUCUGCCACUGUAAAGCACUAAUACACUGUGCUUUUGUUUUCAUUGUUAUGAAAAGGGGUUUACACAUAAAGUUAGCGUUCAUAUCAUUUUCAGUCUUCAGUGUUAAUUUACCACACUGGACCAAUGAUGCAAAUCUGCAACAUCCCAGAACACAUUGGAUGUGAAGGUCUCUCUAAAAAAAAAAAGUCAGAAUUGUAUAUUACUACCCCAUAUGAUCAUUUUCCCCAAAUAUCAGACUUUUUCCUGUUACUAAAAUUUAAUUUGAGCCUGAGAGGGUUAACAGUGUUUGCAGAAGUGUGUGUUUUGUUCACCAUAGACAUACAUGUAGCACACCCUCAGCGCAAAUAUCAAUAUGUUGUGUGGGAUCCAGAACACACACUUGUUUCAGUACUUUGUGUAGAUGUGAGUCUGGUCACAGGUGACUCUGCAGGGUUCUGGUGAGUGUGAUUGACAGGUGGAUGAGCCAAUCAGGGAGAUACAUGGUCCGUGUGUAUCAAAACAAAUGUGUCUGCUCACGAGGAAAAAAGAAAAGAGAAAAAUGUCAGAGUGACUCAAAACAUGGUGAAUUUCUUUAGAGUCAAAGAAGCAGUGCCCUCUGUUCACCUGAGGGGAGAGACGUGUGCUUUUGUUUGUAGAUGAUGGUGAUCAGUGAGCUCCUGGUUUCACUGGUCGUCUGAUGGUCAUGUUUGAGUCUGGCUCCAGGAGCGAUGGAAAGAGUGAUGAUCAGACUCAUAUCUGUCAGUCUUUCCUCACAGGCAAGUUCAUUACUUUUCCAACUGUCCUCAUUUUGUAUCAUUAUGAAAAGCCAUGGAUCGAAAAAUCUCUACAAACAUGAAAGUACAAUGUGCAGUAAUAUAUCACUAAAUUCAUCGCAAUAGUAAUACAGAAAAAUUACAUUUCUGUUUUUUUGGGUUUUUUUGCCAAAAUUGUGCAGCUCUGACUUGAUGAGAAAUGAGAUGGAGGACAGAGUGAAAAUGGACUUGUACAUUUUGCUGUUAAAUAACUCAGUUGUAUUAAAAGCUGGUUUAUGGUUUGAGGUCCGCUGUUGUCGCUCUGUUCCAGCCUUUAUACUUCUAAUGCCCUCUGUCCUCCAUCCAGCUUCAACAUGAUCUGUUUGAACCUGACAGACGAAUGCUCUAGUGCUCUAUGAGACCAGGGACACGUGUGAACAUGGACCAGACCGCUGUGAGCACAUGUGCUUUUCAAUAGUGCACUGCAGAAGUCUUUGUUUUUCACUAGAUAUUAUUAUUGUUACGUUGAAAUAUAUCAAUAUAAUAAUACACCAAACCUGAAUCUAGGUCCUUGUUUUUCGUGCUGAGCUCCUGACUGCCCCUGCUGCCCUGUGCCUGCUGUUUGUGUCGUGUCUCUGGGCUGGAGAAACGUGCACGUGUAUGACUCCUGUGUAAAUGACAGAGUUAUGUAUAUGACAUAUAUGUACAUCAAAUGACCUUUGUAUGACCUGCUGUUUUACAUGCUCUUUAUUUAUGUCACGUGACACCUGUUUGUCACUCAAUAAACUCAGACGCUCUUCUAA